AUGGACUUUGCGCGGACAAUCGGUAAAUCUGACGAGCAACGAACCUGGAAAAGGACUCGUCAGCCAUUUGUAACGACCAGAGAUAACAUCCUCUCCGAGGAUAUAUCAUUUUCGGAGGAUUGUCGUUUUGUAAAUUGGCGAAAGUGGCUUGCUGAUCGAAAGAAGCAGAAUCGUCACAUCGAGACUAUUACCGGUCGCCCGCAAGUCGAUCAGCUGCAAAGUUCUUCGGAGAGAUUUCGCGCUUUCGUCGAGAUGAAAAAUUUGAUGGAACACGCAGCCAUACCGGUACCCGUAAUCGCCGAUAAAUAUCGCGGUGGACCGGAAUUUUGGCGCACGCCCGAAUUUCUUUCGGAUCACGAUGCUUGCCAUUUGCCCAAAAUAUCGUUGACUCCAACUAGGAAAGACCUGAAUCUUCCUCCGGAUUUAAUGCACGUUGAAUUACCCGAUUUAAUAGCGAAGGAACGAGAUCUUAUGGUGUUGAAAACCAAGGAGGAAUCUUGGAAACGUAGCGAGUAUUUAAAAACGCGUAAACUCGAGUUGGCUGAAGAAAUCGCAUUACUGUUGCCGAAGAAACCGGAAAUGGCAGAAUUAGUUAUUCAAGGACAUGCUUUUGGAAAGAAGGAACCGCUGCUACGAAUUCCGCCGAUAACCAUCACAGAGCCCGAUGAAGAGUCUCCCGAAGAUGUCAAUCAAGCGAUAGUACUCAAGAUUCAAGAUCAAGAAUUCAUCUGGCGAAAAUCUUUCUUCGAGCCGAUGGACACCGAUCCCAUUACAUGGUCUUUAACUUUCACGAGUGAGAUUGAUGAGCUUGUCGAAAAAGAAAUUGUUCUUGAGAAUAAAGGCACUCGUGUUAUCGUAUAUCAUUGGCGAGAUUCGCCAACUUUCCAGUCAAGCAGCGUAUCCUUCGAAAGAUGUGGCAAUCCAUUCUUCUUCAACAAGACGAAAGGUCUCAUACUUCCAGGACAGAUCAUAAAAAUCAAGGUAUGGUUUCGGUCUAAAACUCGAGCAGUUUUCAUCGAGUCCUGGCGAUUCAUCACAGAACCGAGAUUGAGUCCCUCGACGUUCUUAUUUCGCUUCUGGGGCUGUGCAAUCGAUAGUCGGAGCACAGAACUGACCGAUCAUCGAGCGAUAGAUGAACAUUUAGAUUGUCGCAUUCGUGAUUCAACGAUACGCUCGAUCAUCGAGGAAAUUAUAAUCAGCGUGGAGACCAGUGAACCACCGGAGCCGACUUACAAGCCGUUAUUUUCGCAAAGCGACUUAUUCACCUCUCUAAAUCCCUAUUAUUACUAUCAUCCGAGUAUCGUGACACAAUUGCAAAAAAUGUAUUGUGACGUUACCGAUGAAAGUUUGUCAACCUGGAACUUGUCGCUGGAUACUUUGCGAGACAUCCUUUUACAAAUAAAGGAUGUAAACUACAAAUGCGAUAUGCUUUCUCGAUUCAACAACCUUUGCAAGCAAAGUCUCAGACCCAGUUGGACUGAAUUUAAUUUUACUUGUAAGAAUAAAUAUAACGCUGUAUACAGUAUUUUAUGCGCUUUUGUGAAUUGUUUUGAAGAUGAAAGUGAACUCGUGAAGAAGAAUUGUUUGAUACAAGAAAAAUCUGCAACAAAAAUAGAUCAACAAGAAUCAACGCUUUUAUCGCAAAGAUCCAAUAAAAACUUUCAAGAAAUACAUACGGAAAAAUCAAUCGAUCAAACACAAACGUUAAUGCAAGAAAAAAGAAAGGAAAGUUACCAUUUAAAUCUACAACUUUACAGAGAAAUUUUUUUCAUUCGUAUAUAUAAAGCUCUGGAAGAAGCAUUAGAACGAGCUUGCGCCAGUAUCGAUUCUUUCAAUAGACUUAAUGAGUUCAAGAAGUGUAAAAUAUAA